AUGGCAGCUCUGCGAUCAGCAGAGGAAAAACUUCUUGCUGUUGUCAAGUCAAGACUCAGGGGUCGAUACAUUGACAUAGGGAAUAGUGUUGGUAAUAAGAAAUGCAAGAUAUGGACUCUUUCACUCAAUGAAGCUAGCAAAUGCCUCCCUUUGGUCAUGUUACAUGGAUUUGCAUCUGGUGUUGGGCUGUGGUGUAUGAACUUUGAUGCUUUUGCAUCAACCCGACCCGUGCAUGCAUUUGACAUCCUUGGAUUUGGUCGUAGCUCCAGACCAUCAUUCAGUUCUGAUGCCUUGGAGGCAGAAGGACAAAUGGUACAGAGUAUUGAGGACUGGAGGAAGGCAAUGGGGCUAGAGGAAUUCAUUCUCAUGGGCCACAGCAUGGGAGGCUUCUUAGCAGCUUCAUAUGCCAUAAGAUUUCCAGACAGAGUCAAGCAUUUGAUUCUGGCUGAUCCAUGGGGAUUCCCUGAAAAGCCAAUCAAUCAGGAGAAAUUCAACAUUCCAACCUGGGUCAGAGUCAUUGCAACAGUUCUUCAGCCCUUCAAUCCACUGUGGGGAGUACGUGCUGCAGGACCACUAGGGCCUAAGCUGGUGGCAAAGAUACGGCCUGAUUUGAUCAAGAAAUUUUCAAGCAUCAUCCCAAACAGUGACGAGGUGAUCCCAAACUAUAUCUACCAUUGCAAUGCCCAGACACCAUCAGGUGAAUCUGCCUUUCAUGCCAUGAUGGCACAGUUUGGCUGGGCUAAGUAUCCAAUGAUUAACAGGAUUGAUUCUUUGAAUAAGGAAAUUCCCAUCACACUUAUCUAUGGGUCUCGAUCAUGGGUUGAUCAGACACCAGGAAAUGAGAUCAAGGCAAAAAGGCCAGAUUCUUAUGUAGAAAUUCAGGCAAUCAAUGGUGCUGGGCACCAUGUUUAUGCAGAUAGGCCAGAAAAUUUUAACCACCUGGUCAAUAUUGCUUGUGAUUCUACAGAACAUGGAUCAUUGUUCACUACAAACUAA